UGCGCAAAGAGAGCAAAGCAAAGAAGAAAGAAAAAAAAAUGUGCUUAUCCGCGGCCGUCCCCUCCGGACGCGUAUUGGCAGCCCGCGGAGCCCGGUACGACACGUGCUCCCCCGUAGCUUACGUCCGAUGUGACUCUCAAAUUCGUUGUUUUUGCGCGUACGGGAUUAAUUCAGUUUCUUGCUUCUCUCUCUUCCUUCCUCGCUUGCUUUCUUUCUGAAUCGCGAAGAAGAGGAAAUUGAGUGCGCUUCUUGCGGGCCACCGUCGCCAAGGCUGUUGGUCUCGAGAUGUUUGGGUGACAUUGAAGGAGGUGGGGGUGCAGGAGGGAGGGGGGUAGUUGCCUCUCUCGCAACCGCAGCCAAUCGCACAGGCCCCGCUCUACGCUGGCGGCCUUCCGUCGCUGGUCCGUGGCCGAUUACUUCGAGAGCUUGUGGUGGUUGGUGCGUGCGCCUUGGCGAUACUGGAGCGGCUCCUCUGCGUGAGUGGGGACGACUGACUGACCACCUACGGGAUCGGCGCUCGGAAUAUUAUUUCUAGUAGCUUUUUCACGAGGUCGCCUUUUUUCUUUGGGUGCGUCACUUCGAAAGAGAUGCCGGCCGACGAGCACUCAAACUUGCCGGUACCCACGGAGGGCCGCCGCUCCGACGUCUCCUACAAGAAGGUGGGCCUCUUCAACGUCCAGGGCCUGCUGCUGCAGCAGAACGAGUUCGACCGAGACAAGAUCCGCAAGGUCCUCUGGUUCAAGCCCCUACCCGGGGACAUCUUCGUCGGCUCCUACCCCCGGUCCUGCUCGACCCGUGCCCAGUACAUCAUCUGGUCGCUCCUGCACCCGGGCUCGCCCUUGCCCGACUUCCACACUCUCCUAACCAAGGAGUUCCCCUGCAUCGAGGUCGUGGACGCCGACACCGUCUGCGUCAAGGAGGGCGCGCCACGACUCGUCAAGCACCACCUGCCGUACGCCUUCAGUCCAGCCAGCCCCGAAGCCCGGCACGUGGUCGUGCUAAGAAACCCUUUCGACGUGUGCGCAUCCAAUUACGUCCACCUGGGCAAGAGCUACGAGGGUACGUUUGCCGACUUCUUCGAGUGCUUCACCCGGGGCGAAGUCGCCUUCGGCGACUACUUCGACCACGUUCUGUCCUGGUACGACCGCAAGGACGAUCCCAGGGUCCUGCUGCUCUGCUACGAGACCAUGAGAAAGGACCCCCUGGGAAGCGUCAAGCUCAUAGCCGAUUUCUUGGACAUUCGCACUGACCGGAACCUGCUCACUCAGGUGGCACGAGACACGGGUCUCGAGGAGACGGUGGCCGGCAGGACUGACCUGGAGGAAGAGGUCCUCAAGGGCAGGGUUGGCUGCUACAGAGAGUACUUCUCGAAGCAGCAGCAUCGCGUGCUCGCGGACAUGACGAAAGAGAAACUGGCCGGAACGGAGCUUCUCGGAGUUUGGGCAGACUUCCUCUACUGAGAUGCUGUGGACUUCGCAGUUCCAGCAGGCGACUGUCAAGCGCGAAAACAAUCCGCAAGAAUGAAUCCACAGUUCGACCCGGGAGACAGGACUGCGAGUGACAAAAUAAGCGGACAUGCCGAAUGUGUUGUGUCACGUCAUGUUGUGACAAGUGGAGUUCUUUCGUGCCCAAUGAUCGCGGGGCACAACGGAGUGUAAGUGAAUUCACAAAUCAGGCGGUACCAAAUAUGGCCCGCCAGUCUGUAUAUACUUUUGCGAUUGUCUUCAUUUCAAGAUAUUGGGUGGCUGACCAGUUUUUUUUCCCCUUGUGCAGUGAUGAGUGUGUGCGUGUGUGGGUUUAGGUUGUAAGAAAUUUCACAAUACUAGUGAUCAUCGUGACGUCAUUACCUUAGUCAGAGCUGCGUUUGUUUGACAAUAGAAACUAAUUUCAUCUUGCCUUGUAACAGAAAACUAUCGAACCGUUAUAUAUCUAACCUGAAGGGAAUUGAAUAAAAAACGUUUCACAUAUAGGUAAUUCAAUCUAUAAUAAACUAUUGUGCAUAUAAAAAUGCAUGGUUAUUUUACGGCUAGUCGAUAUGAAAAAAAAAACGUUAUAUGAGGAGUUCGAUUUUCGCAGAUUGAACUGUAUAUCAACGAUGGUAAAAAAAAAAACACUUUUGCCGUGUCUUAUAUCACGUGCCUCUGGACUCCUGGUCAUUCCUGUUGAUUUAUUCAAGAAUCGUGCAUAGACAUUGCUUAAGACAGGCUGCACCACGGCACGAAGCUUCAUCUUUUCUUGGUCAGAACUUUAAAUGCUGGCAACAUUCUCGGUGAAGUGGUAACUAUGCUUGCCGCAACACUCAAAACACGUGUUUGCGUGUGAGAAACAAGUGCGACAACGGUUCAAAAGUUUCAUUAGUGCCUUUAAUGUUAGUAUUUUGGAUAGCGUCUAUGGGUUUGCUUUUUAAACAGUUGUACCUGCUUCGUAUGGAUCAUACUAAUCGAGCUUGAUUUACGCCUUUCUUUUCUUUCUAUAUCGACGAAUCACCCAUGUAUGAUGUUAGACGUCAGAUAUGCUGUUCAACAUGGUCGAAUUCUGAGAACGUUCUCGCAGUUAUCAAGCGAGAAAGAAUGUCAAGGAUCUCUGCUUGCUGUGUGUUUAUGAUAGCGCCAAUUUAGUUAUCUGUACAAAGUCAGUGUGCUUUUUUUUUACCGAGCGUUCAGCCACGUGUGCCAGCGAACGGGAACAAUUGUACGCAACUUCCAAAACACUGGACAAACUACAAACAGAUCCAGUGCGUGAUGUUACCCUUGCUGUGCAAGGCCACUAUACAUGUAUACGUAUGAUAAAUAAACGUUUUCACGGGUCAA